ACUUCAACAGGGACGCACAAACACUGCCCCCCCGAUAACACACCUCCGCGUCCCCCGGGACCAUGAGCCGGGUUGCCUCAGCUCUCCGGCGGACGUUUGGGAUCGUACGCGAGCACGUCGGGACGGAUCAUCUGGGGAAUAGAUAUUAUGUUGUCCCGGAGCAGAAGACAUGGACAGGAUGGGCGACUCCUGGGACAGAGGAAAGAGGAAGACAUGUCCGUGCCAAGCGGAUGGUAGAAGCAGCCAAUCCCACAGAAUACGAAUAUAUAGAAGGCAGCAUACCGAUGGAGUGGGACGCUUGGAUCCGAGGCAGACGGAAGGAGCCCCCCUCCGUCGAGGAGCUGGUGAAGAAUGAGUCUUACAGGACGCAGAUCAAGCUGAAGGCCAAGGAGGUGGAGGAGAAAGAUCUGGCCCUGCAGGCCAAGGAGUAUGAAGAAGGGCUGGUGGCGACUCCUGCGAGGACUCUGGCUGAAGGUCAUGCAGCCGCCACUAGUUUCGGGAAGCAGGAGAUCAGCGAGGACCCCACCAGCACGGCAAACACCUUUCAGCCUGGCUCCUGGAUGCCCACUUCCAAGAAAUAGACUGAGAUGUCCACACACACUGAAGCUGCUAUGCAGUAUAAUGUGAACUAACAGAAAAGCCCCACAAUAAACACUGCCUUUGUGAAAGUGAUAUUCAAUUUUUGUCAAGACUUGAUAUUGUUUUUUUAAAUAUGAAACAUCAUUCACAAUAAUCCACUGCAAGUGAGCAGCACACAAAGAUAUGACCUCAGUAAGGACCAGUUUGAUCAGCUCAUCUUGGAGUCAGUCUCACAUAAUCCUGCAUUAUGUUUCACAGAGGAAGUGUUUAUUUCGAGGCGGUUUUAUUGGUCUGUAUUACAUCAUAAAGAGGUUUAUAUUUUUCUGGUCUCUUAUUAUAUUGAAUAUACACAAAGACAACAUCAUCUUGAAGCUGAGAUAUGUAAGUGAUGUGUUAUUUAAUGUAGUUGAAAGGUUUGUUAGUGAAGAAAAACACUGGAAUUGCUCAUUAGUACACCGGCUACAAAUGUUUCAGGGAUACUGAAACAAAUAAUUGUUAAUUAAAUCGGCAUUACAUCUGUACUGAGGCAAAUCAAAAAUGUUUUAAUUACACAUCAAGAAUUCAGCUAUGUCCAAAGAAAUGAUGCAGAUGUAAUUAUCCUUCAGAAAAUAAAGGGUUUAAGUGUAAAGAUGAGUAGAACGAGAUGUGGUGAAAGCAGGUGGGAAAGUAAAACGCUGUGGGAAAGAUUAAAGAACACAUGUGAAAUUAAAUGAAAUCUGUUCAGUCCAGUCCACGGUGUAAUGAGACUGUAGUUACAAUAAAUGCUGUGUUAAUGGUUCGGUUCA